AUGGACAUCGUAGGACCGCUGCCGAUGGUAAAAGGAUACAAAUACGUUCUAACCAUGAUCGAUCGCUACACACGAUGGCCAGAAGCUGUAUCCAUUGCAGGCAUGGCCGAUAAAACCGUGGUAAACGCCUCCUACAGCACGUGGGUAGCACGCUUCUGCGCACCAGCAACCGUUACCACCGACAGAGCAUCUCAGUUCGAAACAGAUUUCUUCAAUGCAAUUACCAAUCUCGUCGAUGCCCAGAGGGUAAGAACAACGGCAUACCACCCAGCAUCAAACGGCAUGAUUGAAAGAUGGCACCGAUCCCUAAAAUCCGCAAUCAUGUGUCACGAAAACGACUCCUGGAUUGACAUUCUACCUACGGUCCUGCUGGGUUUGAGAACGAGCAUCAAGGAAGAUAUAAAGACAGCCACAGCGGAAUUGGUGUAUGGUACAUACUUACGGUUACCUGGAGAGCUAGUCAUAGAUUCAGCACGAAUGGAGGGACAGGAAGUCUACAGUCGGAAUCUCCGAAGUUGA